GUUCCGAAGCUAGAGGAUGAGAAAAGUGAAGAGAAUGAUCAAGUUAUGAAGGAACAGAGGUUAGAGGAAAACGUUGCAGAAUUCAGUGGAGGAAUUACAAUAAUGAGGAAUCAUACUUGGGCAUGGCUAUCAAAUGAAAGCUUCACAACUUCGUCAGCUAAAAGGCACAACUCUCAUCAUAGUAAUUGGAUGAGUGUUAAGUCCAUGAAAGCACUCCUGAGUGGAGAGCUACUUACAAGAUUUAUAAGAAGAACUCAUAUGAAAAGAAAAGAGAAGCUAAGGCUUCAGAUAGCUCAAGUCCAUGCUGCUCUCUCUGUUGCUAGGCUAGCAUCAGCCAUUGCAGGAACUUUGGCGAAUUUCAGUAUGGAUUCUGUGAAUAAUUGGAAUAUGUCCGCUAUGCCAGUUCAGGGAGAAGGCUGGGACCAGAAGAUGAGCAUGGUGGUUGCUUCGGCAGCAGCACUAGUAGCUACAGUAUGUGCUGAGGCUGCAGAGGCUGUGGGAGCUAAGAGAUCCCUUAUUUCCUUAGCCAUUGAUAGGGGACUAGCAACACAAAGCGCCUCAGAAAUUCUCGGACUAACUGCUGCUGCUGCAACAUGCUUAAGAGGAGCUUCAACACUUGAGGUGAGGACAGCUGCAAACAGACGUAUUUCAGAAGACAAGGUGAUCCUUGUAAGAGGAAUACAGCUCCUCAAAUGUUCACCAACGGGGAAGCUGCAGGUGAGGGAAGUAAGGAUCUACCUAAAGCAUAAUAUGCUUACAUUAAGGUUGGUGAAGAAGCUUUUGAAGGGUACAAUCACUACACAUAAAGAUUAUAGGAUUACCAACACUUUGGAGGAAAUAAACAAUGGUGGUUGUGAUGAGGCUGGCCAUGGCUUGUGCUCAAUAGACCUUAGCACCAAUGAUGGACAUGUUCAACUACUCUUUGAAGACAAGAAACAGUUCUUACAGUGGAAGUCCACCAUUUCUCAGCUCUUAUGUGUCAGAGAGAGACAAAACUGAUCAUCUCAAUUCAUAAGGUAGUCAUCUAAGGCUUAGCUUGUGUUCUUUGAGUCAUUCUUCAGCUGAUGCAAAACUGCUAAAAUGAGUAUUUCAUUUACUAAGUUUGCCAUUUCAUGACAAAUGAACAAUAAAGUCUGUAUUUGAAAAAGAUUUUUUUUUUUUGUUUAGGUAAAACUUGUUUCAGUGUAUUAAACAUUUAGAUGACUUGAAAUUUAUGUCAAUAUUGGAAUUGGGAAGUCCUUGGAAAAAACUAGUUUAAUGAAUAAUAUAUUUUG